AUGGACAAUGUGACACCUGGCAGCCCUCCAGGUGAGACGCACCCGAAGGACUACAACUACCUGGCCCUGGUCCUCGGCAUCCCCCUAAUCCUGGUCAUCAUCCUGGGGAACAUCCUGGUGUGUCUGAGCGUACUCACUGAACGCUCCCUGAAAACUGCCACCAACUACUUCAUCAUCAGCCUGGCGGUGGCCGACCUGCUGCUGGCGGUGCUGGUGCUGCCGCUCUAUGUCUACUCUGAGUUCCUGGGAGGUAUCUGGACAUUGAGCACCUACAUCUGUGAUGCUCUGAUGACCAUGGACGUCAUGCUGUGUACCGCCUCCAUCCUCAACCUGUGUGCCAUCAGCGUGGACAGGUACAUCGCGGUGGUGGUCCCUCUGAAGUACAACAGGAACCAGUUCAGUGUCCGUCAGCUGGCUCUCAUCACUGCUACCUGGGUGCUUUCUCUGGGCGUGGCGAGUCCGGUCAUCUUUGGUCUGAACCAGGUUCCGGGUCGUGAUCCGAGCGUGUGCAAACUGGAGGACGACCGCUUCGUGGUUUACUCAUCCGUCUGCUCCUUCUUCGUGCCUUGCCCCGUCAUGCUCUUUUUGUAUUAUUGGAUGUUUCGAGGCCUGCGGCGGUGGAGCGGUCGGAGUCGAUCUCAGGCGGGUCGAGCUGGUCGUCGAGCGCUCUCUUUACGUCUCGGCUCGGCUUUACGCCGAGCAAAAGCCACCGGGAGUCGAGGGAAAGUUGUGUACGCCACGCCAACCAGCCUCAGCCCCACCUCUCCAUCAACCGUCACCAUGACAACGCCCUCUGCCACCCCAGUGACAGAAGAGCAGCAGGACGGGGCGGCAGCGGUGGCACCGGAGAGCGACCCGAUGACGACACAGAUGGACAGUGUGUCGGACGGUGAGCCCACAGAGCGGAGGGAGGAUAGCAGCAGGAGAGAGAACGGCCUGAUGAAGACGAACGCUGCAAAGAGAGGAAGAAGGAACAGUAAAAGCAGCAGAGUCAGCGGGAGGGAACGGAAGGCCAUGAAGGUCCUGCCGGUCGUCGUCGGUGUGUUUCUGGCCUGUUGGACACCUUUUUUCGUCGUUCACGUCACCAAGGUGUUGUGUCAGUCGUGUAACAUCGGACCGACCCUCAUCUCCGUGGUCACAUGGCUUGGCUACGUCAACAGCGCCGUCAACCCGAUCAUCUACACUGCUUUCAACACCGAGUUCAGGAACGUCUUUCACAAGCUGCUCUGCUGUAGGACAUGA